AUGAAUAAAAAAGUUUAUUUUACUUUUUUAUUUAUUAUUAUUAAUUUAUCUAAACUUUAUUCUCUAAAGUAUUAUUAUGUCAAUUCAAAUGAUCCAAUAAAUUGGUUAGUAGUUGAUUUUGCCUAUGAUAAACAUAUAACAUCUUAUGAAAAAAUAGAAGAAGAUUCACUUGUUAAAGAUAAUCAAUUUUAUGAAUAUUUUAAAAUAAUUAAUAAUUGCUUAUAUAUUAAUAAAUCUGUUGAAUUAUUAAUUGGUAAUGAUUUUCAAUUAGAUUUUAUUGCUAUAAGAUUUCCAUUUAAAAGAAUUAUAUCAAUUGGUAUAUCAAUUGAGGAUAAAAAACAAUUUAAAAAUUUUUUACAACCUAUUUAUAAAACAACAAUAAGAUCAGAUAUUGAACCAGAAAGUGAGAUAACUUUUAAUAAUAAUGAUAUUAAAAUAAUAUCUCAAAAAAAUAAUGAUAAUGAUAUUAUUUACCAUCCAAUCUCAGGAUCUGAUAGUUAUUUAUUUAUUCUUUUGACUAAAGAAGAUAAAAAUGGAAAUUAUGGUGUGUUAUAUCUUAAAAAAAGACUUGAUAUAAUAUUAAAAGAAGAAAAUUUAAAUGAAAAAAUAUUUAUAUUUUGGAUUGGAGCUUUUGACAAAAAGAGUAGAAGAAAAAUUGGAAGUGCAAAAGUGGAAAUUAAAGUUAUUAAUGUUAUUAAUCCACCACCAAUAUUUGACAAUCCUGAUGGUUAUUAUUUUAAAUUAUCAAAUGUAACACCAUUUAAUAAUAUAUUUAGGGUUAAGGCACAUUCAUAUAAAGGUGUGACAACUUUUCAUAUAGAACCUGACUAUGUCCCAUUUGACAUUGCUCCAUGGGCUGGUGAUGUUUAUGGAACAAAAAUUUUACCACCAAAUAUUUAUCUUUUUGAUGUUGUUGGUAGGGAUAAUCUUGGUCAAGAAAGUAGAAUACCAAUUAAAAUUGAAAUAGAGGGAUUCCCAAAUUCCAAGGAUAUACCAUUAAAAAUUAUUGGAAAAUCUUCUUUAUCAAAUAAAUUCAAAAAUAAUAAACAAAUUUUAAGAAAUGAAAUUAUACAUACUUCAAAGUCUAUUUAUCAAUCUAAAAGUAGAAGAGAACUUGGUAAUGAUAUGUAUUUUCAAUUAAAAGAAUCCCAGGAAUUAGGAUUUCUUAAUCGGACAAUUACAUUAUACCCAUCAGAAGAGAUAACAUUAGGUCCAUUAACAGGAAAAUAUCUAACUAUCCACUUGAAUGGUUCAAUUGAACUAACAAAGACACUAAAUUUUGAGGAUGAUGAAGAAAUUAUAAUGGCAGUUCAAAUUGGUGGUCCAUUUAAAACUCGUGUUCAAACAAUAAGAGUAGAAAUAAUAGAUGUUGAUGAACCGCCAAAAAUUAUAAAUGAACCUAAACCAUACCUUGCAGUUGUUGCAAUUAAUAGACCAAUUGGAUAUCAAAUAUAUCGUUUUAUUGCUCGUGAUGAAAAUGGUGAUGGUGAUAAUGAUGUUAUUUAUCACUUAAUUAACACUGAACCACCUGGAGCAUUUACAAUUGAUAGUAGAACAGGAAUCAUUCGAACAGCUUUAAAAAAAUAUGAACCAGGUUCAAGUUAUAAAGUUUAUGUUCAGGCAAUUGAUGAAACACCAAAAGAUAAAAAACAAAAACAAGAAAGUGAAAUAGCUAUUUUAGAUGUUGUAGCAUCAAAUAGAGCACCACAAUUUUAUAAAGAAAGUUAUCAAGUAUCAAUACCAGAAAAUAUAGAUGUUGAGACGUCUAUUCUUCAUGUUCAGGCAAAAGUUUUCAAUAAUGUUGAUAAUGUGGCUAAUCCUUUAUUUUUUAAUGUUGAACCACGUUUUGAUUUAUUUUCAGAAAAUGAAGAUGGAACUGAAAGAUAUUUUUCAGAUUAUUUUAGUAUUGAACAAUUUACUGGUGUGGUACAUUUAACUAAAAAAAUUGAUUAUGAAAAUAUUGAAGAUAAGAAAAUUUUUAAACUUUUUGUCUCUGCACGUGAAGGUGGUUUAGAAAGUAAAGUUCCAUUAACAAUAAAUAUAGAAGAUGUUAAUGAUAAUCCUCCAAUUUUUACACAACCACUAUAUACAGCAACAACAAAAGAGGAUGUUGAAAUAGGAAAAGUUUUAUUAAAAGUUACAGCAUAUGAUAAAGAUUCUGGAGAAAAUGGUAAAAUAUUUUAUACAGUAUCUGAUGAUCAUUUUAUGGUUAAUUUAAAUGGUGAAAUUAUGGUAAAAAAACAACUUGAUGCUGAUCAAAAACAGGAAAGAUUUUAUAUUUAUCGUUUUAAUGUUACAGCUACUGAUAAAGGUCUUCCAAGUAAACAAUCAACAGCUCAAGUUCAUAUUAGAACAGAAAAUGUUAAUGAUGAAAAACCUGUAUUUAGACCAACAAGACUUUAUCAAGCUUCAAUAGCUGAGAAUGCUGAAGGUGGAACACCAGUUAUUGAGGUACAAGCUUAUGAUCCAGAUAAAGAUCAAAUAACAUAUAAUUUAUUAUAUCAAGGAUAUGAAACUGAUAAAACUGAUAUUUUUGAAAUUGAUAGUGAUACAGGUCUUAUUACUAUUAGAACAGAUAUUUCAAUGGAUAAAUUAUUGACAAUGAAUAAUCCUUAUAAUUUAACUGUUAUUGCAACUGAUGAUGGUAGUUGUUGUGAGGAAACAUCUUCAAUAAAACAUUAUCAAACAGCUUAUGUUAUAAUAUCAACUUUUGAUGUUAAUAAUCAUAAACCUGAAUUUCCUGAAUGUUCCUCAUAUUCAAAUAUUGCUAAAUUAGAGGAAGGAAUUUAUAGGGGAAAUGAUAUACCAAUUAUUGUACAAGUUAAGGCUAUUGAUGAAGAUAAACUUAAUAAUGGUGAAUUAAUAUAUUCAUUAUAUUAUACAAGAAGUGAAUCAAGAAAACCAUUUGUUAUAGAUCCAAUAACAGGUGAUCUAAGACCAACACCUAAUUUUGUUUUUGAUCGUGAAAAUAAACCAUUUGAGGAGGUAACAGUUAAAGCAACAGAUAAAGGAGAUAGGCCAUUAAUAGGAUUUUGUAAUUUUCUUGUAAAAAUAUUAGAUAUUAAUGAUAAUCCACCAAUAUUUGAAAAAACAUCAUAUGAGACAUCUAUUAGUAAAAAUGUUUCACCAGGAUAUUCAAUUAUAACAGUGACAGCUGAUGAUUCUGAUGCAUCACAUAAUUCAAGAAUUACUUAUAAAUUAUCACCUGAUAUAAAUAGUGGUAUAGAACAUGAAGAUGAUAUAAAUUAUCUUAGAAUAUUAAAUGAAGAAAAUGGUGAAAUAACUUUAGUAAGAAAUAUACCAUCAACAAAAAAAGAAUUUAUAUUUAAUGUUAUUGCUUCUGAUAAUGGAUAUCCAGAACCACAAACAUCAACAGUUAAUGUUAUUGUAAAUAUUCAAGAUUAUAAAUUAUCUAAACCACAAUGGCAAUCAUCUAUUGACUGUAAAGAAUCAAUAACUAUAAAUGAAGAUAUUCAAAUAAAUAGUAUACUUUUUAAAUGUUAUGCUAUUCCUGGUGAUGGUUCUAAUAAUCCAAUAUCAUAUAAAAUGUCUAAUGGUGUUAAAAAAGGUACAAAUAGUGAUGGAAAAUUUAGAGAAUUUAUGGAAAAAAUUAAUAAAAGAGAUUAUGUUAUUAUUAGAAAUAUGGCUACAUUAGAUUAUGAAGAUUCAUCAAGUUAUACAUUAACUGUCACAGCAACAGACAUGAAAACUCAAGCAUCUAGUGAUAGAAUUUUUUAUAUUAAUAUUAAAGAUUUAAAUGAUGUUGUACCAAAAUUUACUGUUGAUAAAUUUAUGGGUACUAUUGAAGAAGAAUUGGAACCAGAAGAAUAUUUAAAGAAAUAUGAUAAUAAACCUAUAACUGUAGUUAAAGCUGUUGAUUUGGAUUCAGAUGGACCUCAAAAUGAAAUACAUUAUCGUAUUUUAGGUGGUGAUUCUGGUAGUAUUGCUGGUAGAUAUUUUAGAAUAGAUGAAUUUACUGGUGAAAUUUAUCCUUUGGUAAAAUUUGAUCAUGAAACCAAUGAAUCAUUUAUAUUGGAUGUUGAAGCUAGUGAUGGAAUGAAUUCAUCUCUUCCCGGAGCCAUGGGUCCAAAUAGAGAUAUUGUUAAGGUACAAAUUUUUAUUUCUGAUAUUAAUGAUAACAAACCAUAUUUUAAUAUAAAAAAAUAUCAAGUUAAGGUACCAGAAGAUACUGAAAUUGGAAAAGAAGUAUUAGUAAUUCGAGGUAAUGAUAUUGAUUCACAUUCAAUACUUCGUUAUAUGUUAUUUAAUAAUAAUGAAGAAAGUAAUUCAAGAAUACCAUUUGGUAUUAAAACAGAUACUGGUCAAAUAUAUGUCAAAGAACCUUUAGAUUAUGAAAAAGAAAAUUUAUAUAUUCUUAAGGCAGUUGUUACUGAUGGUAAAUUUAAUUCUUCAACAACAAUUAGAGUAACCAUUGAAAAUGUUAAUGAUAAUCCACCUGAAUUUGAAAAAAAAGUAUAUGAAACAACAAUUUAUGAAGAAGAUAAAAAUGUACCAAAAAAAAUAUUUAAACUUUUAGCAACUGAUGUUGAUAAAGGUAAUGAGUCAGGAAAAAUUAUUUAUAAACUUGAAGGACAAGGAGUUGGUGAAUAUUUUAAAAUAAAUAAAUAUAGUGGAGUAAUUGAGAUUUUAAAACCACUUGAUAGAGAUCCUCCAAAUGGAGUGCCAGUAUGGAAAUUUGUGGCGCAAGCUAUUGAUAAUGAUGGUAAAGGGUUAGUUGGAUAUGCUGAUGUAAUAGUUCGAUUAAAAGAUAUCAAUGAUUUUGCUCCAGUUUUUGAGAAUGAUUUAUUUGGUAGUGUACUUGAAAAUAGAGAACCAGGAAAAAAAGGUAUUUAUGUUAUGACUGCUCAGGCUACUGAUAAUGAUGAUCCAAGAACAGAUAAUGCUAAAAUUGAAUAUUCUAUAAGUAGAAAUAAAGAAAUUAAUGGAGAGGCUGUCUUUAGAAUUGAUAAAAAUAAUGGUAAAAUAUUUGCUAUGAAAAAAUUUGAUAGAGAAUUAAGUUCAGAGAAACAGUUUCAAAUUGAAAUUCAUGCUACUGAUAAGGGAAGACCUCCAAAAGAGGGAACAGCUAAUGUAACUAUAUAUACAAUUGAUGCAAAUGAUAAUCCACCACAAUUUGAAAAAUCUUUAUAUGAAGCUUACGUUCCUGAGACCUCUCCAGUAGGAUCAGCUAUUUUAUCAAUAUCUGCAAUUGAUCCUGAUAAUAAAGCAAUUGAUAAUAUUUUUUAUUAUGAAUUGGCAAAUAAAAACCAUGAAUAUUUUUAUAUGACAACAGAACCAGGUUCAGAAAAUAAUAAUGUUGGUGUAUUAAGAAUUAAAAAGAUACUUGAUUACGAAUCACCAUAUCAAAGAGAAGGAUUUCUUCUCCAGGCAACAGUUUUUGACGGAAAAUUUUAUAAUACAACAAAACUAAGAAUAUAUAUACUUGAUAAGAAUGAUUGUCCUCCAAAAUUGGAAGGACCAACAUCUAUCCAAAUAUCAGAAGAUACCUCAGAAAGGCAUAUCAUUGGAUGGUACAAAGUAUCAGAUGGAGAUGCCAAUGACCAUCACACGGGUUUAUUAACUUCUUUUUUGUUAUCUCUCUCAUCUCGAAGACAUAAUAUAGAUGAUAACUCGUCUAUGCGUCUACCACUACCAUCAUCAUUUAAAAUAUUAAAUCUUCAAAUGCUUCUUCUAAUUAUUCUUUCAAUUCUACCAAUAUCCAUUUAUGGACAAGGUGGAGAUUUUCAUUUUCCUACAUCAGGCCUUGGUACCAGAUCUCGUUUUAAUAAUUUUGCUGGUACCCCAAAUACAGAUCUUACCAUGUCUUUCAUUACUAAUAUUUCUGAAGCUGCUCCUAAAGGAACUUUUAUUGCACAAUUUGGUGUAUCACAACAAAAUUCCAAAUUUACAUAUCGAAUAGAUCGUGAAACAGAUCCAAAAAGACAAUUUUCAAUAGAUCAAAAUGGAGCAUUAAGAGUUGCUGAAAAGUUAGAUCGUGAAGAUAUCAGUAGAUAUUUUCUUAGAAUUGAGGUAAAUGAUGAAGCCGGUAAUCGUGGUCAACAAAUGGUUACAAUAAAUUUGUCAGAUGUCAAUGAUCAAGUACCAUAUCCAGUAACAAGACCUGAUCCAUGUAUAUUUUGGGAGAAUACUGAUCCAGAUCAACAACUUUCUUGCCUCAUUACUGGUAUUGAUAGAGAUACUCCAGAAUUUGGACCACCAUUUAAAAUGCGUGUUGCUGAUACCUUUAAAUAUGGCAUGUAUUUUAAUAUAACUUUUAAUGAGGAUGCUGAUAAUGGUAAUGGUGCUUUGAUUGUCAAAGCUAUCUCUAGAUUUGAUAGAGAGGCAUCUGAACCAGGAAAAUUAGUUGAAAUUCCUGUCAUUAUUCAAGACAGAAAUGGAACUGAAGGCCAAAAUAGUGUUUUUAUUGUUAUUGGUGAUCAGAAUGAUAAUCCAAUGAAUGAUGGAGAGACAACAAUUUAUGUUUAUUCAUAUUUAGGAAGAUUAAGAAAAACAUCAAUUGGAAGAGUAUAUGUCAAUGACAAAGAUGAUUGGGAUCUUGGAGAUAAGAGAUUCACUAAAAUAGAACCAUUCCCAGAAGGUUUUGAUCUCCUUGAUAAUGGUACUAUUAUUAUGGAUUCAAAUAUGGGAGAGGGAACAUAUAAUUUGGCAGCAGGUGUCUUUGAUUCAAGAAGAAAUGAAAAUGCAACUGGUUCUGUUGUUAUUUAUGUUAAGAAUGUCCCUAAAAAAGCUUUUGAUAAUCAAGGAUCUGUAAGAAUUUUGAUGUCACAGUCUGCUGGAGGUAUUCCAUCACCAGAAUAUUUUGUUAAACUUCAAGAUUCUGGUGUCUCUCCAAUGGAUAAUUUCAAGAAAGCUUUAUCAAAUUACCUUGGAAAUUCUGUCAAUAUUGAUAUAUUUUCUGUAAAACAGGGAGUAGCUGAAUUACAAACCAAAGAAAUUCCAGUUGUUGAUGUUAGAUUUUCUGUUAGUGGAUCAAAUUACUUAUCAUCAACAUAUCUUAAUGGUAUCAUAGCACAAAAUAGAAAAAAUUUAGAAAGAGAAAUUGGUGCUAAUAUUGUUUCUGCUGGUAUUGAUAUGUGCCUAUUUACAACAUGUGAUAAUGGUUGCCAGACUAUUAAUGAUGCAACAUAUGAUGGAAUUGUUGUUAAUGCAAAUCAAACCAUUAUUGUUGGAGUUGAUGCUAUAUCAAGUGAUAAAUGUGUUUGUCCUGUCUUUGAAGCUCCAAAAUCUUGUCAAACAGGAUUAUGUCUUAAUGAUGGAGUUUGCCAUAAUGUUAAUCCAUCUGGUUUCUUCUGUGAAUGUAGAAAUGAUUUACUUAAAGGAUUCAGGUGUCAAGGAACAACAAGAUCUUUCUCUGGACAAGGUUAUGCUUGGUUUAAACCAAUGCCAGCAUGUACUUCAUUAAAUAUUAGUUUUAGUUUUAUGACAAAAGAUCCAAAUGGUUUACUUUUAUAUAAUGGACCUAUGGGUGAUAGAGAAAAUAGAAGUAAUAAUAUUAAUUUAAGAGAUGAAGUUGAGUAUAAAGAUUAUAUUGCUGUAAGACUUAUUAAUGGUUAUAUUUUUUCUGAAAUACGUUUUAAUAGACUUCCAUUGACAUAUCUUAAUUUAACUAGACCAUACAAUUUAGCUGAUGGUGAUUGGCAUACAAUUAGAAUAGCUCAAACUGGAAAACAAAUAACUUUAACUGUUGAUGAUUGUCAAAGUAUGAUAUCACAAGGACAAGAAAGUUGUUUUAUAUCAGUAUUUUCAACAGAUGAUGAUGAAAGAUUAAAUGUUAAUUCUCCAUUACAAAUUGGUGGUGUUGCACCAUUAGAUGAUAGUUAUGAUUAUACAUCAUUUGUCUCACAGGCUCCUGAUUAUAAUGGUUGUAUAAGAAAUCUUUAUGUUAAUGGUGAACAGUAUGAUUUAGCAACUCCAGAUCAUUCUCAUCAAAGUACAAUUGGUUGUAAAUUAUGGGGAUCAGCAUGUGAUUCAAAUAGUAUUAAUUCAGCAAGUUACUGUAUUCAUGGUGAUUGUUAUGCAACUAUUAAAGGAAAUUCUGUUCCUAAAUGUAUCUGUGAUCCAGGAUGGGGUGGAGAUCGUUGUGAUCAACCAAUAGAAUGGGUUGAGUUUUCAGGACCUGGUGCUUUUAUAGAAUAUAACUCAGAUGUUGUUAUGGAUUCAUUAAGAGAUAAUAUUGGUAUUCUAUUUAUUCCAGGAAAAAAUCCUACCGGAUCCGGAGAUUUAACAUAUGGUGGUCGUGGUGAUUUAACUAAUAGUGUAUAUACAUAUAUGGAGAAACAUAAAGUUUCAGCUGAUGUACAUAUUAAUAAUGCUCUAAAUCAAUCAUCAUUUAUUGAUACAAAACUUUCUAUUAAUGAUGUUAAUCUUAGUUCAACAACACCAUAUUGGUUAGAAUUUAAUCGUGAUCCAACAAAAGCAUCUCUAUCUCUAGAUGGUGUUUAUGAAGUUUCUGAACCUUUAAAUAAAAAGAAUGAUCUGGUAUCAUCACAAAUAACAAUUAAUCGUAUUACACUUGGAAAUGGACAGAGAUCAAAUGGUUUUUCAUACUUUACUGGUUGUGUAGGUACAUAUAGAUGGAAUAAUAGAAUUUUAUCACUUGUUAAGAGUGAUAAUUUUACUGAGACUAAUAGUAUUGAGACAAUUGAUAGUACUCCAAAUAAUCCAUUGAUUCAUAUAGGAAAUAGUAAUGGUGUCAAACAAGGUUGUGAGCAACGUAUUUCUUGUGCUAAUCUUGAUAUCAACUUUUGUCCAACUGGUCAAAUUUGUGUUGAUUUCUGGAAAGGUCCAUUUUGUACCUGUAGUAAUAAUCAAAAAGCACAAUUAAAUGAAGACGGAACUAUUUUAGCUUGUGGUACAGUUAUGGCUUACUCAUCAUUAGGUAUUUCUGUUUCCGCCAUUGUAUUGAUUCUUGUUUCUAUAUCAUUAUUAAUGCUCCUUAUUAUGCUUAUGAUAGUUUAUACAAGAAGACAUGCUCCUAAAUUUGAUAAUGUUAGACCAGAAGAAAUAAAAAGAGAUAACAUUAGGUCAUAUGCUUUAGAGGGUGGUGGUGAAGCAGAUAAUACACGUCAUAAUAUUGAUAAUUUACGAAAACCUGUUAUUCCAUUAGAUGGUGGUCCAAUACCACAAAAAGUUUAUCCAAUUGUUGAUGAAAGAUUAAAUAGUAGAAUAAAUGAUUUAGAAACAGAUCCAAAUACAGGUCCUUAUGAUGAAUUAAGAAUGUAUAAUGUAGAAGGUGAUAAUGUUUCAAGGUUAACUUUAGAUUCACUUGAAUCAACAACAGAUGGAGCCACAGAAACUAUAGAAAAUUCAAAAUUAGAUCAAUGGGGACCACGUUUUGAAAAUUUAGCUGAUAUCUACGGGCAAAGACCAUAA